CAACGGUCCACAAAGCUUUCAGUAGCAAAUCAGCCACCAACCAGCUCGGAAGCUCAAACGAUUCACUCAUAAGUGGAUAUAGAUUAUUUAAAUUCAAGAGUUCUUGUUCCAAAAGCGACAACAUGUCUAUCAAGUCAAUCAAAGCACGUCAGAUCUACGAUUCGCGUGGCAAUCCCACCGUUGAGGUCGAUCUGACCACCGAUCUGGGUCUGUUCCGUGCUGCCGUGCCCUCAGGAGCCUCCACGGGUGUGCAUGAGGCAUUGGAGCUUCGCGACGAGGACAAGGCCAACUAUCAUGGCAAGUCUGUGCUGAAGGCUGUUGGCCAUGUAAACGCCUCUUUGGGCCCCGAGUUGAUUAAGGCCAAUCUGGAUGUUACCGAUCAGGCGGCCAUUGAUAACUUCAUGAUCAAGCUCGACGGCACGGAGAACAAGAGCAAGUUUGGCGCCAAUGCAAUUCUGGGCGUGUCUCUGGCAGUUGCUAAGGCUGGCGCUGCCAAGAAGAGCGUACCACUGUACAAGCAUCUGGCUGAUUUGGCCGGCAACAAGGAAAUUAUUUUGCCCGUGCCCGCUUUUAACGUGAUCAACGGUGGCAGCCAUGCCGGCAACAAGCUGGCCAUGCAGGAGUUCAUGAUCUUGCCCACAGGCGCAACCACUUUCACCGAGGCCAUGAAGAUGGGUUCAGAGGUGUACCAUCAUCUGAAGAAUGUCAUCAAGGCCAAGUUUGGUCUGGAUGCCACCGCUGUGGGUGAUGAGGGUGGCUUUGCACCUAACAUUCAGUCCAACAAGGAGGCAUUGACACUCAUCAGCGAUGCCAUUGCCAAGGCUGGUUACACUGGCAAGAUUGAAAUCGGCAUGGACGUUGCUGCUUCGGAGUUCUUCCGCGAUGGCCAGUACGAUCUGGACUUCAAGAACCCCAACACCGAUAAGAGCGCGUGGUUGUCGCCUGAGAAGCUGGCCAACAUGUAUCAGGAAUUCAUCAAGGACUUCCCCAUUGUGUCCAUUGAGGAUCCCUUCGAUCAGGAUCAUUGGGAUGCCUGGACAAACCUGACCUGCAACACGAAGAUCCAGAUUGUCGGCGAUGAUCUGACUGUCACCAAUCCCAAACGCAUUGCCACUGCCGUCGAGAAGGGCGCCUGCAACUGCCUGCUGCUGAAGGUCAACCAGAUUGGCACAGUCACAGAGUCCAUUCAGGCUCAUUUGCUGGCCAAGAAGAACGGCUGGGGCACCAUGGUCUCUCACCGUUCCGGCGAGACUGAGGAUUCGUUCAUUGCCGAUCUGGUUGUAGGUCUGUCCACCGGCCAGAUCAAGACUGGCGCUCCUUGCCGCUCGGAGCGUCUGGCAAAGUACAACCAGAUCUUGCGCAUUGAGGAGGAAAUUGGCUCAGGCGUCAAGUUCGCCGGCAAGAACUUCAGAAAGCCACAGUAAAUUGUAGCCACUUCUAAAUUCCAACGCCAACUACCCCAACCGAUUGAAGUCAUAGAUGAGAAAAAAAUAACAGCAAUAUCUGGGGGCUCGUAAACGGUCGCAUUGUGUUACCGUUAACUUUGUUGAGCCCCAGAAUUUGUGUCUGGCGCACAAAUAGAAAACUAAAAAAACUCAAAAUUUGCUUCGUUAAUCUACAUUAUUAUUAAUGCUAUUAAUUACCAUGAUCUAAUCAUCAUUAUUUAUAAACGGUUCAUUCAGUCAGUUCGGCUGGCACCAGCAGACACAAUUAUCACUGUAGUAGUUAUUAAAUGUUACAAUGAUCUACGAUCUAGAGACAAAUAAAAAUACAUUACAUGUAGAAAUUACAUACGCAAAGUAUCCAGUUAUUAAAAGACAUCUCUAAGAAGCAGCGAAUAUAAAUGUGUUCUGUGUUAAAGCCACUCAAUAAUAAUAAAACAUUAUUCUUUCA